GAACUGUUGCUUUCAUGGCUUUAACCUGGUGGUGGUGCGCAUACUGCUUGAACUCAUGUUCCUUUAAUAGAAAAUGAUGUCUGAGUGCGUCACCGAGUACUAAAACGUUUAGUCAAUGUCUAACAGUUCAUGUUGUCAACACAAACAGCGGUAAAAUGAGUUGGACUAUUGCAAUGUCUACGCAUCAUUUACACGCCGGAUGACCUGCUAGUUCCAGGGCGACGUAAAAGAACUUCGACUUUGUAGAUCGCCACAGUGACAGUGAACAGGUAUGGGUGGGUCUGGAGUUUGUUUGGAGAUGGCAGUCUAUCUACAUUAGCGGUUCUGUAUGGCGUGGCCGGUCCAGUUUCUCCUCCGUGGUCUUCGCACUAUUGGACUGGUUCUCCUCUACUAUGUCUUCUCCAUAGGCAUCACCUUCUAUAACAAAUGGCUGAUGAAGGACUUCCACUACCCCCUGUUCAUGACCCUGGUUCAUCUUGCUAUCAACUUCUGUCUGUCGGCUCUGACGCGGCAGGCCAUGCAGUGCUGGACAGGGAAACCCCGCAUUAUUCUGAGCUGGAGAGACUACCUCCGUAAAGUGGCCCCAACAGCCUUGGCAACAGCACUGGAUAUUGGGCUUUCCAACUGGAGCUUCCUCUUCAUCACCAUCAGUUUGUACACCAUGACCAAGUCCUCAGCAGUGCUGUUCAUCCUAUUUUUCUCCCUGGUGUUCAAACUAGAGGAGCCGAAUCCCUUCCUGAUUCUCGUCGUCCUGCUGAUCUCCAGCGGACUCUUUAUGUUUACAUUCGAAUCGACCCAGUUCAACAUGAAGGGCUUCAUCAUGGUGCUGUUGGCCUCCUUCAUUGGAGGAAUCCGCUGGACCCUCACUCAGGUCCUCAUGCAGAAAGCAGAGCUGGGCCUUCAGAAUCCCAUCGACACCAUGUUCCACCUCCAACCUCUCAUGUUUCUUGGCCUUUUUCCGCUUUUCCUCUAUAAUGAAGCGCUGAGUCUGAGUGCCUCAGAGAAGUUAUUCCGGGUGACAAAUCUCUCCCCUCUCCUAUAUUCCCUCCUGACGCUGAGCAUAGGCGGCACACUGGCCUUCGGGUUGGGUUUUUCUGAGUUUCUCCUCGUCUCUAGAACCUCCAGCCUCACAUUGUCAAUAUCAGGAAUAUUUAAGGAGGUGUGUACGCUGUUUUUGGCAACAAAUCUGAGGGGAGACAGAAUGAGCAAGCUGAACUGGUUGGGAUUCGCAGUGUGUGUCUGUGGGAGUUCUUUACACGUGGGCCUCAAAACAUACUAUUCCAAAAACAAGGCUCCUUCUGUUCGACAGCUCAGCAGUAAAGGUUCAGAGCUUCAGCUGCCAUUGCUUCAGCAGAACGGAGAUAAAUGUGACGAUUCGGCUGCUGAUGACUAACGAUGAAGAGGAGCAAGACAUUUUUCUACAUUGAUGAGAUGGCACCAGGGCACGUUUCAUUGCUUCAUUGUUGGAGAAGCUCUUCCAGCUUCCUCGGUUCAGUUGUCUUCCACCAGAAGUGCUCUGGUUUGACACAGACCUCUUUUUGUUUAGUUUUUUUAGCUGGACUUUCACUGUGGACUUUAAACAAUGCACAAAAUAAGAUGUAUUGAUAUUAAAAUGAUAGUAAAUACA